GUGGUCAUGAAACAAAAAUUAUGCUUAAUCAAUCUUUACGCUCAUUAAAAGAAUCAGCAAUGGAAAAAAUUCAUAACUCACUACUGAAAACUGUUUUUAUAUUGAUUUUUUUUUCUGAGUCUUAUGUGUGCUUUAUGUUCUUUGUGGUGGACCAAAUACAAUAUUAAUACACAUUGGUACCUUGAACAAAGAGAUGUUAACGCAUACACAUUUCUUUUACAAUCAAUCAGUUUUUUUGUUAUAUUUCAUAAUACAAUCCCUGUAUCAUAUGUAUAUAUUGAAGUAGUACGUUUCUUACAGGAUUGGUUUAUCAAUAAUGACAUUGAUAUGUACCAAGAAGAAAGCAACACACCUGCUAGGGUUAGAUCACAUAAUCUUAAUGUCGAGUUGGCCAAGGUAAAAUAUAUUUUUUCUGAUAAAACUGGUACUUUAACUAAGAAUGUAAUGGAAUUAAAACAUUGUUCAAUUGCUGGAGAACUUUAUCUAGAAGGAUCUCAAAACAAAAUGAUAAAUAACUCAAUCAAUCACUCGACCAAAAUCUAUAUCUUGGAUUUUUUAAGAAUAAUGUCUGUCUGCCAUACAGUUAUUCCAGAGAAAUCAAAACUGACAGAUGAAAUAGUAUACAAUGCUUCGUCUCCUGAUGAACAAGCAUUAGUCAUUGGAUCUCAACAAUUUGGAUUUACAUUUCAUACUCGUUGUUCAACAUCAGUGACUAUAACUACAUUAAACGGAGAAGAGACUUAUGAAAUUUUAAAUAUAAUAGAGUUUACAAAUUCUAGGAAAAGAAUGUCAGUUAUUGUUCGAGCUCCUGAUGGUCAAAUAAAAUUAUUUUGCAAAGGUGCAGAUACGGGUAUUAUUAAACGCUUAUCAAAAUCUGGCGAAAAGUACAAACACCAAAGCCUGAUGCACUUAAAUGAUUUUGCCCGCUCGGGUUACCGAACAUUAUGUUUUGCAUAUAAGAAUAUUUCUGAAAGCUUUUAUAAUAGGUGGAAAGAUGAAUAUCUCAAUGCAUCAACUGUGUUAAUAAAUCGAGAAAGUGCCAAAAAUAAAGUCGCUGAAAAAAUAGAAAAGAAACUGACGCUGAUUGGAGUGACUGCAAUUGAAAAUAAAUUACAAGACAACGUACCAAAAACUAUCCAAGCAUUAAUGUGCGCAGCAAUCAAAAUAUGGAUACUAACUGGAGAUAAAGAAGAAACAGCAUUAAAUAUUGGAUUCUCCACAACACUCAUUACACAAGAUAGUUCAAUAAUUAUUUUUAAUGAAUCUAAUUUAACGGAUCUCAGGCAUACUAUAAAUCAAAAAAUAUACAAUCUGGGUCUUACAGUUGAAACAAUGAAUUGUACAUUGAUAAUAAGCGGACGAUUGUUGAAGCAUGCAUUGUCAAGUGAUCUUAAAAUGAAAUUUCUCAAGUUGUGCUUAGACUGCAAGUCUGUUAUUUGUUACAGAAUAUCACCUACACAGAAAGCUGAGAUUGUUGAUCUCGUAACAAAAUACACAAAUGAAGUAACCUUAGCUAUAGGCGAUGGAGCUAAUGAUGUGCCAAUGCUCCAUAAUGCUAGUAUCGGAGUGGGUGUAGUAGGAUUAGAUGGACUACAAGCAUAUAAUGCUUCAGACUAUUCAAUUGCUCAAUUUAAUUAUUUAUUAAAGUUAUUGUUUGUGCAUGGCGCUUGGAAUUAUGAAAAGAUUACCAAAAUGAUUUAUUUUUAUCACUACAAAACUGUUAUUUUUAAUUCAUUACAAUUAUGGUUUGCCAUUUAUUCUGGAUGGUCUGGUGAAGUAUUAUUCGAUAGAUGGAAUAUUUUCAUGUACAAAUCACUAUUUACAGUUUCUCUACCGUUCGUAGUGGGACUAUUUUUAACUACAUAUUCAACAGAAACAAGAUUAAAAUGGCCACAGUUGUACUAUCAAACACAAAAUGUGUUUAGUUUAAAAAUGUUUUGGAUAUGGAUACUUAACGCUUUAUUUCACUCCUUACUCUUAUUUUGGUUAUGCUUAUUUAUCAUGAGACAUGAAGUUAUAUGGACCAAAGGGAGAGUAGGGGAUUAUUCAGUAUUUGGAAACGUCAUAUACACUUGUACAUUGGUCAUUGUGUGUUUCAAGGCCGGUUUGCAUAUUCAGUCAUGGUCUUUAAUCGUACACUUAGCUAUAUGGGUAUCCAUACUAUUAUGGAUUUCAUUCAUAAUAGCUUAUAAUGAAUUAAAGAUUAUUUUAAUGCAUUUUACUGUGUUCAUCAAUGUAAAUGAAAUCAUAUUUAGUUCAUCAAUAUUUUGGAUUACAAUAAUAUUUAUAGCGAGUGUAAUUCUAUUACUUGAUAUUGUGAUUAUAACAAUUCAGCGGACUUUAAGCAGUGAUACGAUGAUUAAGAAAAAUGGAAAUUUAGAAAAAUAAUGAUACCAAAAUAUUACAUAAUAUUAUGUGACUGUUACCUACUUCUAACUUUAUUAAAAUAGAAGUUAAUAGUUAUUAUCGAUUUUAACCAAAUGUAAAUUUAUGAUUAUGUAUAUAGUAAAGAUUAAAAUAAUUUGCUAAUUUUUAAAGAUAGAUUAAGUAUAUAACUAUAUAACUCAAGUUCAUAAGCGCAAAUAGGGGGAGGGCUUUAGGGGCUAAGCCCCCCCAAA